UACUUCCUUUUAUAAUCCGUCAGUUGUCAGAUAGAAGGUCUUCGGGAACUCUGUUACGAAGACCUGCAGCCAUAACCGCAUAACCUACUUCCACCUUGUCCAUCGUCUCUCCUCGGCCUGCUCACCCCCCUCCGACAUCACCAGGGGGUCAGGCGCAUAUACCGACAAUGAGUGCCUGCGCCAGCAAUGGCAAUCCUCACGUGUCCCUGUUGACGGCGACCGACGCUCGCGCUCACGUCCACCUUGUUAUCGGAUCGAACCCGCUGGCCGCCGCCCGGUGCACGCAGUCCCUGAGUGCAGGCGCGUCUCCCGUUCUCGUUGCGCCCGGCGAGGCCGAGCUGCACUACGCGCUGCGGAAGCGUGUCGACGAUGGUGAGGUGAAGUGGCUGCGGGAGCCGUUCCGAGACGAGCACCUGUUCGCUCUCGGGAGGGAGGAGAUCGGCCACGUCGUCGAUGCCGUCUUCGUCACCUCGGGACCGCGGGAGCCGCUAAGCAUUCACAUAUCGACGCUGUGCAAGCGCCAUCGAAUUCCUGUGAACGUGGUUGAUGCGCCGCAGCUGUGUACCUUCGCGCUGCUGUCGACGCACGUCGACGGGCCGCUGCAGAUCGGUGUCACGACUAACGGCCGCGGCUGCAAGCUCGCGUCGAGGAUCCGCCGCGAGGUCGCCGCCGCGCUGCCCCCGAAUCUGGGCGACGCCUGCCGCCGGCUCGGCGACGCGCGCCGUCGCAUCCAGGAGGAGGACCACCUGCUGCACGCCGCCCUCGCUGCCGAUGGAGACGACGACGACUCGGUCGGCCAGUCCGCCGCCUUCAACAGGCUCGUGACCGAGGCUGACCUCGAAGCCGCCAAGAACAGGCGCAUGCGCUGGCUCAGUCAGAUCUGCGAGUACUGGCCGCUCAAGCGGCUCGCGACCAUCACGGAUGACGACGUCACAGAUAUGCUAAAGUCGUAUGAGGGCCUGGGCAAUACCGGCGCUCCUUCCGCAUCGGCCGAGUCCGCCUCGGCUUCCUCUCCGUCCUCGCUCUCCUCCUCCCUACCGCCUCCCGCACCGCGUAUCGGGCGUAUCAUCCUCGCCGGGUCCGGGCCGGGACACCCAGACCUGCUGACGCGGGCGACGUACCGGGCGCUGCGGGCGGCGGACCUGGUGCUGGCAGACAAGCUGGUGCCAGCGGGAGUGCUAGAGCUGGUGCCGCGGCGGACACCGGUGCACAUCGCGCGCAAGUUCCCGGGAAACGCAGAGGCGGCGCAGGAGGAGCUGCUCGCGCUCGCUCUGGAAGCGUUCCAGAGCGGCAAGACGGUGCUGCGGCUCAAGCAGGGCGACCCGUACGUGUACGGGCGCGGCGGCGAGGAAGUCGCGUUCUUCGCGCGCCACGGGGCGCGCGUCGCGGACGGCCGCGUCGUCGUGCUCCCGGGAGUGACGUCGGCGCUCGCGGCGCCCCUGCUCGCGGGAAUACCGCCGACGCAGCGCGACGUCGCGGACCAGAUCCUAGUGUGCACGGGCACGGGGAAGAAGGGCCGCGCCCCCGACCCUCCCGAGUUCGUCCCCGGCCGCACCGCCGUGUUCCUGAUGGCGCUGCACCGCGUCGGGGACCUGGUGCGGGAGCUGACGGCGCACACGGAGGCGGAGGCAGGAGUGGCGGGGGACAAGCCGGCCCGCGCCCUCUGGCCGCGCGACACGUCGUGCGCGGUGGUCGAGCGCGCGAGCUGCCCCGACCAGCGCGUCAUCCGCACGACGCUAGACCGCGUGGCCGAGGCCGUCGAGCAGGAGGGCAGCCGCCCGCCCGGCCUGCUCGUGGUCGGGCGCGCGUGCGCGUUCCUCCACCCGCUCGAGAAGGGGCGCGCGUGGACCGUCGAGGACGGGUUCCGCGGGCUCGACGUCGGUGACGAGCUCGCGGACGGGCUGUGGGGUCCGGCGGCUUGAGGGGGUGCGUGUGAGCAUACGGACGGCGUUACUAUGGCGAGAGGAUGGAAAAGGUGAUAAGUAUUUAUUCGGCGCGCUGCAUGGCAUUUCCGAGCCGGGAGGUACCCGGGAGGGAAGGGUGUCUACGGAAAAGUGUGAUUUGGAGGUUCAUCAUGUAAAGUCCUUAAACUGCGGCCAACUAGGACUAA